CCCGCCCCGCGCGUCCCCGCCGCGGCCAGUGCGCGCUCCCGGGAGGCAGCAGAGGCAGCGGCAGCUCCAGCAGCGUUCGCAGCAGCCCCGGGCCAUCCUGGGCAGGGCCGGCCGGCCUGACAGGCUGAGAGAGGGUGCCAGGGGUGCGCGCCCCGCUGGGGCCAGCCAUGGAAGGAGCUUCGUUUGGCGCGGGCCGGGCGGGGGCCGCCCUAGACCCCGUGAGCUUCGUGAAGCGGCCCCAGACCCUGCUGCGGGUCGUGUCCUGGGUAUUCUCCAUCGCCGUCUUCGGGCCCAUCGUCAACGAGGGCUACGUGAACUCCGACGCCGGCCCGGAGCUGCGCUGCGUCUUCAACGGGAACGCAGGUGCCUGUCGCUUCGGCGUCACGCUCGGCCUCGGCGCCUUCCUCGCCUGCGCCGCCUUCCUGCUGCUCGACCUGCGCUUCCAGCAGAUCAGCAGCGUCCGCGACCGGCGGCGCGCGGUGCUGCUGGACCUGGGCUUCUCAGGGCUCUGGUCCUUCUUGUGGUUCGUGGGCUUCUGCUUCCUCACCAACCAGUGGCAGCGCACGGCGCCCGGGCCGGCCACCGUGCAGGCGGGAGACGCAGCGCGGGCCGCCAUCGCCUUCAGCUUCUUCUCCAUCCUCAGCUGGGUGGCGCUCACCGUGAAGGCCCUGCAGCGGUUCCGCCUAGGCACCGACAUGUCGCUCUUUGCCACCGAACAGCUGGGCACCGGGGCGGGCCAGGACUACCCCGGCUACCCAGUGGGCAGCGGUGUGGAGGGCACCGAGACCUACCAGAGCCCGCCCUUCACCGAGACCCUGGACACCAGCCCCAAAGGGUACCAGGUGCCCGCCUACUAGUGGCUGGCAAGCCCAGACCAGGGCUGGAAGGCUGCCCCACCGAUGCAAGGCCCAAGGCCUCCUGGGACCUCCCUCAGGUCCUGCUGGCCCAACUCCAGGGAUGGAGGGGUGGCCACUGUGGGCUGUCUGGGGCCAAGAGAGGGUAGCCCCCAGGGUGCCUGGGCUGUACCCUCGAGUUCCUCCGGUACCUUUAAUCUCCAGCCUCCAGUGGAUCAGCCUGGGCAGGGAGCCAUUCCCCUCAUGAGGCAGCCAGCCCGGGGCUCACCUGUCCACUCUGGCAUCAGGGAUCCAGCUGCCCUCCAUUGCCAGGUGCAGAGCCUGUCCCAGACUGGGGGCAGGAAUACUGCCCCCACCCCCAUGCCAUGACCCAGGGAGCAUGGCCACUGCUCCCUGUCCCAUGUCCCCGUGGGUAGUGACAGUCCUUGUUCCUGUCAUGUUGGUUCACCCUGUGGGGCCAUGUGCUCUGUCUGGAGCCUCCUUCCAUUUCCUCUCACCUGCUCACGAGAGUAGCCUGGUCCUCUCCAUGUUGUGAUUGUGGUCAAGUUUUCAAGUUUCAACUGAUAGUUUCCCACAAGCAGCCCCUCUCUGUGGUCCCUGCUGCUCGACCCAGCCCCUCCAUGCCUUGGCCCAGGCCUCUGCCUGGGUGUGGGUGAUUCUGGCCAGGGAAGGCACAAGAUGGCUAUAGGCCGGGCACCAACCCUCUCCCAGCCCUUCAGUAAGGGCGGCUAGGGACACCUGUGUGCCUGGCAAGACAAGCCUCUUUCGAAGACAGAGGCUCCAUGGUGCCCUGGAGACAGCCAUUCCAUGCAAACCCCUUUACCUUGGCUUCCUGAACCAGUCCUUCAACUCCCUACCCUGCACCCCAUUUUAAGACCCAGUUUAAGGUUGAGGUCCCUCUGCAUAGCUGACUACUCAUGCAUUGCUCGAAGCUGGCUUUUCACAUUAUACCAGAUGUGGUUGCCACAUUUCAUUCUUACAGACAGAUGCCUCUGGAGUUGCAGUUGAAUGACAACCCUGUACAUUGUAGCAUAGAUCAAUUAUGUGUGGAUAUUUAAGUGAACAUGUUUACAAUUUUUUGUAUAUAUGGAUCUCUCCCUCCCUCCUCUGAAAGAACAAUCCGUGAUUGUGUAUUUUCAGUGUCCCAUGUUCCAACUGCAACUUCUUUACAAUAAAAACUAAAUGAGUUUA